CCCAUUCACAGUACGUAAUGCCUACUGAGCACGUCAUCCGCUAAAGGGCAAAUUUUCAGUGUCAAGGAUGUGAUGGUGCAAUGGAUGGUAUUUGGUGGGAUGUGCUCUCCCUUCGAUAAUCUCUUCAUUCAUGCAUGCAGCUUGUAUAGCGCACAGGAACCGUCACAGUUUAGUGUCUCUCCAUCAACAAAUUUAGGCUCCGCUGUGGAUCACGUGUUGUCGCACUGUCUCUGCCAAGUGCCACGGGCUGGUCUUAUAGAUAGGGCUGACACUUGAUCGCCGUCUAGAUCCCGGGUCAGGUACACCAGCAUGGCUGCUCAAGACAUCGAGAAGCAGCGUCCUGCGGCUCCUCAUGAGCCUGUCGGCCCCAAUGCCAAAGAUCCCACCACAUCAGCGGACUAUCUGGACUCUGAUGCGCAGUAUGUCAAUGCGGACAAGCUUGCCCGUCGGCUCUCGCCCCGCCAGGUGCAGAUGAUUGCCAUUGGAGGCACCAUUGGCACGGGGUUGUUCCUGGGAACAGGCAAGGCUCUAGCUACGGGUGGACCCGCAUCGAUGCUUAUCUCGUAUGCUAUCUGUGGUGCUAUCGUGUUCGUGACCAUGUUGUCUCUGGGUGAGAUGGCUGCAUUCAUUCCCGUUGCGGGAUCGUUCUGUACUUUCGCUGGUCGAUUUGUUGAUGAUGCAUUGGGCUUUGCUCUUACCUGGAACUACUGGUUUAAUGAUGCCGUGUCGACGGCCUCAGAUAUCAUUGCGCUGCAACUUCUUCUCGAGUACUGGACGGACAAUUUCCCCGGAUGGGCGAUAAGCUUGAUCUUCCUGGUUGUUGUUAUUGCGUUGAACAUGUUGUCCGUCAAGGUUUAUGGAGAGGUUGAGUAUUGGCUCAGUCUCCUCAAGGUGGUGACCAUCAUCAUCUUCAUUAUCCUCGGCAUUGUCGUGAACUGCGGUGGAAACAAACAACACAAGUACAUCGGCGACAAGUACUUCUACACGGGAGAUGCCCCCUUUGUCGGAGGCAUUGGCGGGUUUGCCUCUGUCUUCGUCACCGCAUCCUUUGCCUACGGCGGUACUGAAUCCAUCGCCAUCACCGCCGGUGAGACCAAAGACCCCUCCAAGAACCUUCCACGCGUCGUCCGCAACGUCUUCUGGCGCAUCAUCCUCUUCUACAUCGUCUCCAUCAUUCUUAUUGGCCUCGAUGUCCCAUACAACUACCCGGAUUUGUCGUCCGAAACCACCGCCACUAGCCCCUUCACCAUCGUCUUCGUCGAAGCGGGCAGCGCCGUGGCUGGUAGUUUCAUCAAUGCCGUCAUUAUGACCAGCGUCAUCUCUGCCGCCAACCACGCCCUAUUCGCCGGAUCUCGCCUCCUGUACACCCUCGCCGUCGAUGGCUAUGCGCCCCGCUUCUUCGGCCACCUCAACCGCUUCCAAGUCCCUUGGGUCGCCGUGCUCGCUACCUCCGUAAUCAGCGGUCUCUGCUUCGGAGCCAGCUACAUCGGUGCCGGCCAGCUCUGGUCCUGGCUGCAAAACAUUGUCGGUGUCUCCAACCAACUCUCCUGGACUUUUAUCGGCCUCGCCUCGCUGCGCUUCCGCGCCGCCAUCCGCCACCAAAACCUCGAACAUCUUCUCCCGUACAAAAACUGGACAUAUCCAUUCGGCCCCAUCAUCGCCAUCUGUCUCAACAUCGUCCUUAUCCUCGUGCAGGGUUGGUCCUGCUUCAGUCCCACAUUCCAAGCCGUCGACUUUGUAUCAUAUUAUAUCGAGCUGCCGAUCAUGUUGGUUAUGUUUGUGGGGUGGAAGAUGUGCAAGCGCUCCAAGUUUGUGAGGCUUGAAGUGAUGGAUCUGCUUACCGAUCGGUAUAAUUUGGUGCAUAUGCGGGGGUCAGCGGUUGAUGAGAAUCCUGAUGACGGGGUAUAUGGUCGGGAGGGUGUCGAUGGCAAUAAUGGGGUUGUGUCCUCGUGGAAGAACGAUAAGGGGGUGUUUGGUAAAGUGAAGCGGGUUGGGAUGUGGUUGUUCCUUUGAUUGGCAAGGGGGGUGAGAUGGGAUAUAUUGAUAGACAAUAUCUCUACUUUAAUACUAAUGAUCAUGAUGCGCAUCAUGACG